GGGACGAUGAACAGGGGACCUCCGAGUUAUCCUUCAAAUCAUCAGAGAAACACUUCGCUGAAUGGAUUUUGGAAGUCAAUCAUCUUCAUAUUUUAGUUCAUACCUUCGAUUCUUAUAGUUUUAAUUCAUUUGAGGUUAAAGAAUGUGUAGGGCUGCGUUUGUUCUUCCUCAAAAUGGUCUGGUGCGUUCUAAUCUUCUUGCUUAUAAUAUGAUCACUGCUGCUUUUCAUUCUCAAAUUCGUUUUACCUCCCCAAGUUUAACUCCUCAAACGUACUGUGACCUAACGGAGUCGCUGCUUUCGUUUAAUCGGAUGGUUGAGAGCAUACCUGUUCCCCGAAUUCGUGAAUUUAAUCAUAUCUUGAUUAAGAUCGCUAAAUUGAAGCAAUACCCUACUGCCGUGUCUCUUAUUCUUGACCAUGACUUGUUAGGCUUCAACUCUUUUGUUAAACCCAAUUUAUAUACGUUUGGCAUUGCCAUAAACUGUUUCUGCCAUAUGGAUAGGGUGGAUUUUGGUUUCUCGGUGUAUGGGAAAAUGGUUAAGCUUGGUUAUAAGCCAGAUUGUGCAAUAAUUAAUACUCUGUUGAGGGGUCUUUGUGCUAAUGGUGACAUUUCUCAUGCAGUGAUGUUUUCUAACGAAAUCAUGAGUAAUGGGUUACGACCAACUGCAGUAACUUUUGGUACGAUAAUAAAUGGGAUUUGCAAAACAGGCGACUCGCAAGCUGCUCUUUUUUUGCUUAGAGAUAUGGAGGAAACUGAGAGAUGUCAACCGAGCACAACCGAGUACAAUAUGAUCAUUGAUGGCCUUUGCAAAGAUGGGCAUGUUAUUCAAGCUCAGGAGAUCUUUUCUGAAAUGGUUAAGAAAGGCAUUCUGCCAGAUCUGGUGACAUUCAAUAGCUUGAUUCAAGGUUUUUGCAGUUCAGGUUUAUGGGAGGAGGCCCAGCGAUUGUUGAAUGAAAUGCAAGCUCAAGGAAUCUCAUUGGAUGUAGUCACCUGUAGCAUUUUAGUUGAUUUUCUCUGUAAACAAGGUGAGGUUGGGGAAGCACAUAAAAUGCUUGAAUUGAUGUUGGAAAGAGGUGAGAAGCCUGAUACUUUUACAUACACUGCACUAAUGCAUGGAUACUGUUUGCUUGGCAAAGUGAAUGAUGCUAGAAAGAUUUUUGAGGUUAUGAUUGCACAAGGGUGUGUGCCUACUGCUAUCAGUUACACAAUACUAAUACAUGGGUAUUGUUUGCUGGGCAAAGUGGAUAAUGCUAGAAAGAUCUUCGAGGUUAUGAUUGGACAAGGGUGUGCGCCUUGUGUUGUCAGCUAUAGCAUCUUGAUUGAAGGAUACUCCAAGGGCAAAAGGAUAGACAAAGCCUUGGAUCUCAUUAGUGAAAUGUAUGGAAAGGGAAUUGUUCCUAAUAUCGUGACCUACACCACUCUCAUCAAUGGGCUUUGUCAUGUUGGAAGACUCAAAGAUGCAUUUCUGCUUGUUGAUAAAAUUCAGAAUCACGGUAUAUUUCCAAAUAUUGUUACGUACUCCACUUUGAUAGAUUCUUUGUUGAAGAAUGAAAAAUUGGAUGAGGCCCUCAUAUUGUUAAGAACUAUGGAAGAUAUUGGCUUGGUCCCUGAUAUUGUUCUUUGCACUAGCCUUAUUGAUGGUAUGUGCAAAGCUGGGAAAGUCGAUGCUGGCCAUGAACUUUUUCGGAAACUCCCUGCUAGAGGCUUGCAACCUAAUCGUCAAACCUAUAAUGUCCUGAUGGGUGGAUUUUUUAAGAAUGGUAACCUUAAGGAUGCAAAAGAUUUGCUCCAAGAAAUGAUGGUUGGAGGUUGCAUGCUGGAUGGUGUUACUUAUAAUUUAGUUAUUCAAGGAUUUCUUCGAUAUAGCGAGACAAGAAUGGCACUCUUAUUCCUUGAAAGAAUGCUUGGUGCUGGCUUUUCUGCAAAUGCACACACAUCAACCAUCCUAGUGAACUUGUUGGCCACAAAAGAGUUGGAUGAUGCAUCUAAGGAAGUGCUUAAGAAGUUCUUUUGGCUUACCGCAAAGAAACAAAGUUAGAUAAUGAUCCAUGUUGGGAACCACGAUUAGAUGCCUGACAUAGUGGAAGGAUCUUGAGGAGAACUUGCAGUAGAUUCUCGUAUGGAUCACAGAUUGUGGAGCCAAUAGCUGAAAGCACAGUGCAGAGGGUGUACAUCUCCGGCGGUUGGCAAUGUUGACUGUAAAGAUAUCUGCAGCCAGAUUUGGUGAAAGGACCAACCAAAACUGUUAAGUGUUAAGAGUGACUCGUUCUUGGAUGAAGUGCAUGGAGCAUUAGGAGAGGAUGCGGGUGAUUCAAUUGGAAUCCCAGAGAACAAAAUCAGCUCUUCAUGGCUUUGUUGAAGGUCUGCUGUUAAGGUCUAUCUGAGAUGUGAAAUUGGAUUUCCAAAUGCUGAUAUGAGAUAUUGAAGCUCAACUUGCAUUCCACAGAAGAAGAGCACAUGUUUGUUGCAAAAGAUGUGUUGUGGGAAGCAGUUCAAGUGAUGGCUGGCUGAUUGAUAGAGUGGGCGCACUUGUUUGAACAUACGGACAAGCGAGACUGAGGUAGACGGGGUGAAAAGAUGUUGGAAGGUUUUAUGGUUUUAAUUUGAAAUGGAUAAUUUAGUAAUUUACUAAUCUUGAGUCGUCUCUAUGAUUUAGGUGGAACAGAAAAAAUUGCUUUUUUCUUCUAUGGUAUUGUCCUAUUCCAAUCCAAUAUAACACCAAGAGUAGGACAAGUUUUUUUAUUGAUAUAUAAUGUCUUGUCGUUUUUACCAAAACACUGAAACAAUAGCUUUUGUAAGUUGCUUGGGUUCUAAAUUA